AUGGCAGCUGGGGCCCAAAUUCAGCUCGCAUUACUCCCGCUCACUGGUCUUCACCGUCUCCGACAACCCAUGGCACAGAGCGCAUCCAGAGAGGUCAGACGAGUUGGGGACGCCGUACUUUUGCACCCUGCCAGGACAAGAGGAGAUAUGAUAGAUGCUCGGUGGAUAAAAGCAAACAACCGGAUUUCUAACUCCGGGUGUGGGAGCAAAUACGCCGUUUCCCAGCCAGAGAUCCGCUCUUCCUGCACGUUAGACGGACAUACCCUUCUGGCCUGCUCAGUAGACAGAGGGGACCGCGUCAGGCUGCAGUGGAUCGGUCUGGCGAACCUGUCCCAUCUACCCCAGCAGCCAGCGCAGACCAUGUCAGGGCGAACCCUCUACCUGUUGGGCAGCACACCUGGUCAUGUGGUCUGUGUGGCAGAAAAUCCCGUCAGCAAAAAGUCCAGCAGGACCACUGUCCGAAGGUGCAGAGGUCGCAUUCCUGCGUGCAUCGCGUGUGGGCUGCUCUUCAGUGUUCUGGUAUGUUCCAUGGCCUGGCUGAAGUUAUACAGAUCGCCAACAAGGCACAGUGUAGACACAGAGGGGAACAUCUACCUUACCAUGCAGGGGUUCCAAGAGAGGAGACCUGAAGUGGAGGUGGACAACAACAUUUACGUUACCUGUGCAUCUGUACAAGCCGUCCUGGCAGACACAAGCAAAGUGACACAGAAAACUUCUCCCUGAAGUUAUUGAGUGUAAAAACAGAAGCAAAAAGGUUCAAAUGAGCAUAUCUGCUGUAUAUCCAUGGCAACACUGCGAUAAACUACAUUCUUAAAAGGGAUGUUAUUCUGCAAUAUAAAAAAGUUCUAUAUUUGGAGCCCACCAUCUGACUUCUGAAGAAUUCUGACUACAGUCAUCGAAAGCAUCCAACAAUCUGUGUUAAUAUGAACAAAUAAACAUUUUGACAUUGA